AUGGACUACGACGAUUCCUGGUGUCCCGUAUGCGGCAGACAAAUCAUCCCAAAGCGCUACCUCGUCCCCAUCCCGCUCGACGCACCCCCCGCUCCCGCUCCCGCCCCGCCCCCGAGCUCGCCUCAGUCAUCUCCUACCAAACUCAACGAUAAAAAGUUAAAAAACACACGCACGACUGGCGGCUUUGCUCAGGGAACGGGCCGCGUCAAGCCAAACGGCGCCCUUAAGCCACCUCCGCCACCCACACCCGCCGUCGAGACAAAGACGAACUCAAAGGCCCAACCCCCGCGCACUCGAUUGGUGAUCAACCCCGCCCCACUCCCGCUCUACUGCUCUGAUGAAUGCAGAGUCGCAGACAUGCACUUCUCAUCCGACAUACUCCCUCUUGCCAACGCUACCACCCGCGAGUCCUUUUCACGCUCUCCGGAGCCCAUCAGCUCACGCUCCGGUUUUCCGCCUCUUCCCCCACUUCCCCCUCUGCCUCCCCUUGUAACUUCGGCGUCGGUUUCGCCACCCUCGUCUGCAGACGAAUGGGAGAUCUCUCCCCCUGUACCUCAUAAGCCCUUCGACGCCAAGAAGAUGCUGCGCAGCCUCGUUCCAGAGCCCCGCAAACGCCAGCAAUACGGCAACUACAUCGCCCCGCCGGAGCCCCUCAAGGAGAUUCGCGGAUGGACCGAUGGCUCGAAUGCAUGGAGAGCGACGGUUUAUGGCCUAGUUGACACGAAUCCAUCCGAUUUGGCUGCGCGUCCGGAAAUGGAAGAAGUCUACCGCAAGCACAACGCUUGCGCUCAUCGCUCGAAGGGUGUCUACUCAACAGUUGGGACGAAGGACAUCUCCACUAUUCCCACCCCAGCACCUUCGCCCCGAUCGUACGAAGACGAACUCCUCCUCUAUAACUAUCACUCGUCCUUCGUCCGCGCUCGUUCACUUACUCCAUCGUGUGCGUCAGGCAAGUCGCGAUCGGCGCCCACCAAACAACGACCCUUGGUGCACCCGCUAGCACAGGGGAAGCUUCUUGCACCCAAUCUCAAGCUUCGGGAUCACACUGGAUCGUGCCCAAGCCUUUCGAGUUCCACAGUUCGCUCUCCCUCUUCCAAAGGAAGUCAAGUAGAGGAUGGAGCUUAUGGAUACAGGCGUCCUGUCAUUGAAACACGAUCCUGGUCAUAUGACAACGUUCCUACCUAUCAACCAAUGAAGAUGCCGCCCUCCAUCGAGAAGAGGAAGGUUAAGCAAAUGGUUGAUGGGGUGGAGAAAGAAGUCACCAUCGAAGUCGAAGUCGAGAACAAUGGCAAACGCCUCUUCAACUUCCCCGACAAGCAAUACUACACCCGGCGAUGA